ACUCAACUUCAUUCUUGAGCCAACCGCGACCGCGUGUGGACACAUUUUCCUCGUUACUCCUUGUCAACCCAACUCGACAGAGAGUGCAUUAGUGGUAUUGGUGAAGCAACACUUAGUCAGCGGACAAGUUCUUUUGUUAUUAAUCAUGUAAGUGCCGCGUUUGCGAACAGAUUCCGGAUUAAUGCAGUGCCGCACCCGUUUCCAACUGGCGUCGAAUUGACCCCGUAAACUCGCGCAAGUGACCCGCCCGAUAAAUGCGAUAAUUACAGCCUCAAAACCGAACCGAAGUGAGUGUGAUCGAAGCCCAAUUACGAUCAGUUACGUGAGUCAAUUUUUGAUGGCUAAUCAAUUUUGGGUCUAUGCAACACACCCGCAGUUGAUGAGUGUUAACGAGAAGACGAGGUGAACAAGUGGUAGUAGGCGGCGGCGGCACGACGCGAAUGACACACGCACACUAGCAAGCGUUAUUUUGCAAACAAGCUGCGUACGCACACAAGUAGCAAGAGGUGCAGCGGAAUUUUGGUUGGUGUGGGUGCGGGUUGAUGUUUUGUUGGAGUUUUGUGAGUGAUCGACGUCAAAAAAAAUUAUCAGGCCCAAAACAAACCCACCCUUUUGGAAAAUACAAUUCAUCAAAGUGACCGCUGACCUGUUGAAUGUAAAACGUCGGGGUGACAAUGUGGGUGCAGUAGAGCGGCCACACCUACUUGGAUUGAAAGGUGGAACAGUAACACAGUGCCAAUUGCAGAACGCUAUAAACAACCAUGGAGGACUCAACCCAUUCCUCACCGGUUCCCGUGCCAAGACCCCGCCAACGUGCCAACAACAACAACAGUAGUGCCAACCCCGAGGUUGACAAGGUCAACAACAACGCUAGCCAAGAUGUGCCAGACUGUAUCAGCAGCAUAAAACCAUACGUUUCACCUUACCCGAAGCUGGACUACGAAAACGUAGAGAUCGUCAUACCCCCUAAGAAACCGGCACCCGUUGAAACACCUCAGAGCGAUGGUUCCCGACCAGUGCCGGCGCCUCGCCGGACGAAAGUCGUCAUUCAGGAAGCGGACGACAGAGCUACGUUCUACCAGAACGUAACACCUGCGAGCACGACGGGUGCCGUAAGGAAGUCCUCCAGCAUCACAAGUCCGACACCCUGUCCAGCGAUCACGACAGUUCACAAUGACCUGCGAAGCAACGUGACGCCGGCUUCGCCAAGUGGAAGUAGUCCGAAACGGUUCAGCUUCGAAGGUGAAGAUCCCAGCUUUCGGCGGAGUGAAUCCGAUGGAGUUUCGGUUGGGAGUAGCGACAGCAGUGGUCGCAAAUACAAGACUACGUCACCGGGGGAGCUGUUCAAGACGAUUGGGGCUACCUCGAGGAUGCUGACGGAGUCGAUCACCGAGCGGGUUACGCACAAGACCAAGAAGGUCGCCACCAAGUUGGACAAGAACUAUAAGAGCUCCAAGAGCUCGAUUGCCAACUGGAGUUCGGGGGCGAGCAACAAGUUCAAAAACGUCAGCAAGUCGAUCAACAGCUUCUCGGAGGAUAAGCUCUCGCUGUCGUUGACGAAGAACAAGACAAAGCGAAGCAACAGCACCGGAGACGACGACUUUCUGGAACGUCGUCAGACGGCUCCACCGGAGAACAGUGAUCUCAUGAGAAACAUUCAGUUCAACAGUCCGUUGAACAAUAAAGUUAACAACAGGGAAGACCUAACCAAGGGGGGUUCGUCUUCCUCGUCCACGUAUGACAUUCCGAAAAACGCCAAGCGCACCAACUUUGAGGAUCCUCCUCCGUACGAGGAGCCUACGUUGAAGAGCAAAUCGAAUAGCAGCGCCAGCCUGGCGUCAGCCUCGUCUUCCUCAACGAAUCCCCCAGGCACCUUCACCAGAAACAGUGGCAUAAGUCAGAGUCUGUACAGUCGAGUCGUCCCGAAGAAGGAUCGCGGAGGAGGGGACACCCCCAGUCCGGCACCUCUCCGCCACAAGAACAAAUCCGAAUCGAACCUCCACGGGUCUAAAUUCUACAUCGACUCCGUUCGCGAGGUGGACAUCGACAGCAGUACGGAGAACAUUCCACCGCCAAAGUUCCCGGCACCUAUUCUGCAGGACUCUGCCAAGACGGAAAGUCCCUACGGAAAGCUCAACAUCAUUCCACGCCAGUGCAGUAGCAGUUCCUCCGAGGAGGACAACAACCUGCCGGAAAUGCUCAAGCGGGUGCACAUCCGCAAGAAGACGGAAAACUACGAGAACGUCACCCCAUCCGGGUCGACAGCAUCCGACAGGGCAACGUGCAAUUCAGUGCAGAGGAUCUUCUCCCGUCGAUCUUCCUCGAUCGGCGAGAUGCGCAACAAUCUCAACCUGCGGUCCGAUUCGUGGAACUUUUACGACGUCAGCAGUCGGGAAGAGACUCAGCGGGAAGAGGAGGAGGAGGACGAUAGCUCGCGGUUGAGCACGCCAGAGCCUACGUACGUAAACGAUGGACAAAUUUACGGGCAGAUCUGUGACAUGGAGACGUCGCUGCUCAAGCCGGAACCGGCUAGGCCGCCACGGCACGAUUACGACGAGGUGUCUAUCUCCGAUAUCAUCGACGAGUUUGAUCCGUUGGCGCAGAGACGAUCGUUAGCUGCGAUCCUGGAGAAAACCGGAAAGAACGUUGAACUCACCUUGAUCGAGAACAUCCUGAGCGCGGAAUCCUACGGGAGACGCGUCACGGUGGAAUCUUCCGACGAAAGUACGGAAGAUUCGCCGAAACAACUGCCGAAGCCGCCGAUGCGGUCGGAUUCGCUGCUUGAUACGUCCUCCAAGCACGAACCUCCAAACAAGGAGACACCACCGAUCCCGAAGCGCAAAAAGUCUCGCGAAGCCAAACGCAGCAUGAUCAUUCACCAGAACCUGCAGCUGCCGUCGGAUAGCGUUGAAAACUUAGUAGACGAAGCGGAAGUUCAACCGUACCUCGCGGUAGUUGAGGAACCCAGCACCAAUCCAGAACCGGUUGAUCUAAGCUACCCGGGAAGCAGUCAGGGUCCGCAAAGCAGCUGGUUCGUGGCGGAAGGGGCCACCGCAGCGGAACCGGAAAAGUUCCUGAAGAACACGAACGUAAACCCGAUCAACGAGAACGUCGGCGGGAAGCAGGUUGAGAAGAUCCAGAAGGAGCUGCCGUCGGAGCUGGCGUGCAUCGCCGAAGAUGACACUUACCUGCCCUCCUAUCAGGAGGCUACCGCAGGAGGAGAUCCUCUGCAGGAGCCGCUUCCGUCGACGAGCAAACCGAGCGUAAAGUCAAAGCUGUUGAACGCGUUGAAGCGGAGGUCAAGCCUCAAGGGGAAGGGGGAUGUGAGGACCAUGCUGGAAAUGGUUCCUAAACCGUUGCUCACGGAGCGUUUCAUCAGUCACCACGGACAUCUGCUAAAGUUCCCAUCGGGGAUGAUCGGUGACGUGUUCAACGAGUUGACACCGCGCUCGGUAGUGCUGAAGGAGAAAAUCAUCCAGACGUAUCAGGAUCCGCAGAAGACGCAACCGAAGGAGACGCUACACCUCAAGUUCAUCCUGAGCUUGCAGUGCGUCAUUCAGCACAAGUUCAACAGCGAAGGUGGACUGGAUCUGCACUGCUUCGAGGUCGUGCUGGCGAUGCCGAAGAAGGACGGAGGUUCGGGAGCGAAUCAGCAGCUCGUUACGAACCCGAACUUGGUGAUUACGAGCACCAACUGCGGGAACGUCAAGACCCAGCGACAGUCGCACAUGUUUGGCGUGCACAAGCGCUCCGAUCGGAACCUCUGGAUGGCGAAGAUUCUGCAGUCGGUGACGGAUGUGUUUCCGGAGAACUGUUUGGCGGAGUUCACACGAGGUGGUUGGUGUUACAUGAAGAAGUCGGUGUCCUCCGAGUGGAGCGGAGCUUGGUUGCUGCUGGCGAAACGGAAGCUGUACUUUUACAACUACCAGGAUCGACAGCUGGAGCAGCUUGACCUGAGGAAAGCUCGCUGCAUCGGCGGGAUCGAGUCGGACGAGUCCAUCAAGAAUCUGCACGUGGAGCAAGGGCCGACGCUGUUCAUCGACUGUCCACCGUACGCGACGCUGUACUAUGUGAUGAGUUCCCCGCGGGAGACACAAAUUUGGAGGAAGAUCAUCAAGGACACGGCGCACAAGAACGGUGGCAGUCUGCACUCGCAGCAGCUGACGAAGAACGACGUCCCGGUGCUGAUCGACAAGUGCAUCAAUUUUAUCUACGCGCACGGAUCGAUGUCGGAGGGAAUCUACCGCAAGUCGGGAUCCGCUAGCCAGGUCACGAAGAUUCUGCAGCUGUUCAAGGAGGACGCGUUUGCGGUGCAGUUGAUUCGAGGAGAAUUCAGCGAAUACGACGUCGCCGGGGCGUUGAAGAAGUUCAUCCGAGACAUUCCGAAUUCAUUUUUUGGUAACCACUCGAUCAGUUUCGUUAGCAUCGCCACGUUGAACUCGCUGAAGGACAAAAUCGACUCGUACAAGGAACUGCUGGGGAGACUGCCGAAAGUUGAGUACCACACGCUGAAGAAGCUGAUCGGUCACCUGAGCUUCAUCGCCUCGCUGGAGCAGCACAACAAGAUGGGCAUCCCAAACCUGGCCAUGAUCUGGGGAUCGACGCUGAUGGCCAACUCCAGCCAGAACAUGGAGGCCGAGCAGUACAGCUACUCGCAGGACGAGGCGGAUGUCGUGGCGGACUUGAUCAAGCUGUACAAGAACCUGUUUACGAUCACGCCGGAAGAGGUCAAGAAGGAGCUGCUGAUGAUGCAGGUGCUACAAAAGUACCACGCUGCGGCGGAGAACAUAUCCGAUACGGUGAAACAUUCCGGAGACUUUAAGGUGUGGAUCACGAUCGAUUGCGAUGGGAAGGAUGGCGGAAGUGAGGACAAGACUCAGAUCAAUGUGACGUUGACGCCGACGAAGACAGCGUCAGAUAUUUGCAAGGAACUUGCCGGGAAGACGCCGUAUCAGUGGUAUCAACUGACGCUUUUUGAGGUUAUUGGGGAUGGAGCGUUAGUACGACCGGUUCAUUACAGCGAAAAAGCCCUGGAGAGCGUUUUGAGGUGGACCUACUGGGAGGAAGCGGACCGCAAGAGCAACUACCUGGCGGUUCGGCCAAACACCCUGCUGAACGACGUGAUCCGCCAGAUCCAGAAGGCCCCCGUGCUGACGCCCAUAACGGAGCUCAAGUUUGCCGACCGGAAGAGUAAGACGUUGCGCAGCUUCAAGCUGCAGCUGAUCGGGAAGGAAAUUGUCGUGCUCAAGAUGGACAAAAAGGACCGGAGUACGCUGGAGGAGGUGACGAAGAUCGAUCUGAGCCGAGUGUACGCGUACAUUGGACGGGAAGCGAAGCGGGACCAGGCGGGAUUGCGGUGGGCGAUAACGCUCGUGGAGCAGGAUUUCCGGAAGAGAUCCCGCGACUCACCAUUCAUUGGCCACCUGUUUGGUGGCGUCGAUUUCAACGAGCAAAUCCUGUGGUAUUCCAGCAUUCUGCACAGCCUCCACAGGGAUGACAUUCUGCCGAGCAGUGAUUUGUUCUUCUAGGUUUUAAGGUGCCAACUUGUUAAGAUAGCCAAUUGUUCUAGUUUAUCUUUGUCUCUAGCGUAAGGGCCAUUCUUCAAACGGUCGAAACAUUCAGAUUUACAUUUACUGUAAAAAAAUGUUUUAUAAAAAUAAUACAAAACCUCGACA